UGAAGCCGAAAGCUUGCGUAUUUUUACUCUUCAAUGAUUAUGCGUUGCAACGGGGUGAUUUAGCAUUUUUAAGAUAAAAAUUAGCCAGGCCCCUGUAAGAACACUGUGUACCUUUUCAGGUGCCUGUGCCUGGUGCUCUGCCCUUCCUCAGGACUACCUCACACUCUUCCUGCUUGAGGAUCCCAGCGUGACAAGCUGACUACACAGACUGCCUUCUCCGUGUUUCCAUAGUCAGACAUGACCUGACACCUUUCAUGACCAGUCUCAGGGCCCUUGGGUGACUGGCUGGUACACCAUGGAACUUAAAGUAUGGGUGGAUGGAGUUCAGAGGAUUGUUUGUGGGGUCACCGAAGUCACAACUUGCCAAGAGGUCGUAAUAGCCUUAGCUCAAGCGAUAGGUCGAACUGGAAGGUACACUCUGAUAGAAAAAUGGAGAGACACUGAGAGACAUUUGGCACCUCAUGAAAAUCCCAUCAUAUCCUUAAACAAAUGGGGGCAGUAUGCUAGUGACGUGCAGCUUAUUUUACGUCGGACGGGGCCCUCUCUCAGUGAGCGGCCCACUUCCGACAGCGUGGCGCGAAUUCCUGAAAGAACUUUAUACAGGCAGAGUUUGCCCCCCUUAGCCAAGCUGAGGCCUCAGGUUGACAAAUCAAUCAAACGCAGAGAACCUAAGAGGAAAUCAUUAACAUUUACAGGAGGCGCCAAAGGAUUAAUGGACAUUUUUGGAAAAGGCAAAGAAACUGAAUUUAAGCAAAAGGUGCUAAAUAACUGCCGAACGACAGCAGACGAAUUAAAGAAACUGAUCCGUUUGCAGACAGAGAAGCUUCAGUCCAUUGAGAAAGAGCUGAAGUCAAAUGAAAUAGAGAUACAGUUUUGGGAGCAAAAAUACAGUUCUAACCUUGAAGAGGAAAUUGUCCGCCUGGAGCAAAAGAUCAAAAGGAAUGAUGUAGAAAUUGAAGAGGAGGAAUUUUGGGAAAAUGAAUUACAGAUUGAACAGGAAAAUGAAAAACAGCUGAAGGAUCAACUUCAAGAAAUAAGACAGAAAAUAACAGAGUGUGAGAGCAAAUUAAAGGACUAUUUGGCUCAGAUCCAGACUAUGGAAAGCGGUCUGGAGGCAGAAAAAUUGCAACGGGAAGUCCAGGAGGCACAGGUCAAUGAAGAAGAAGUUAAAGGAAAGAUCGGAAAGGUCAAAGGGGAAAUUGACAUUCAAGGCCAGCAGAGCCUGAGGCUGGAAAAUGGCAUUAAAGCUGUGGAAAGAUCUCUUGGACAAGCCACCAAGCGAUUGCAGGACAAAGAACAAGAACUGGAGCAGUUGACUAAAGAGCUGCGGCAGGUCAAUCUCCAGCAGUUUAUCCAGCAGACAGGGACAAAAGUAACCGUUUUGCCAGCGGAGCCUAUUGAAGUAGAGGCCUCACAUGCAGACCUAGAAAGGGAGGCAGCCUUCCAGUCUGGGUCCCUGAAGCGGCCUGGUUCGUCUCGGCAGCUCCCCAGUAACCUUCGGAUCCUGCAGAAUCCUAUUUCAUCUGGUUUCAAUCCCGAAGGCAUAUAUGUAUAACGUCUUUAGGAGAGAGACCCAAUAAAGGUACCACGGACAGUAAAAAUUCUUUCUUUGUUUUGUGCCAAUGACGAACAGAGAUGUAUUUCACAAGCCACCAUAUCUUUUUCUGUCCUAAAUUGCAUACCACUCGGAGCCAUACCUUGUGCACUGAUGCUAAAGAACAAAGAAACUGUUUCCACACAUCAACAGUGUUGACAUUUUUAUCCAGCAGCUGUAAUGCAAAGCCUUCGUUUUUAUUUGUAGCAUUUUGAGAGCUUUAGAGAAGUAUUAAACUGUGUGUAUACAUAAAAAAACCGUGACUUAAGAUUGAAGAGAAGUAUGUGACUGGCUUAGUUUAAUUUAUUCCAUGUAAUCAAUUACUGUGUGAAUGUUGAUGUUUUACUGUUUUUUAUUAAUACUUACAUACUGUGUGAUUAUGACUGUGUGUGCAUGUGGCCAGACUCCAGCGUGCAUUGCUGAUUUACAACUACGCAAGUGUCAUCGGGUGCUCCGCCAUCGAAGCUGACUCCGAAAGAGUCCACGUACAUUUACUUUGUGAACUUGUCCUAGCCAUUGCUUAGUUGGGUGAAAUAAUUCAGCUUUUCUUUUUAAUCUGGGGUUUAAUCUUUUCUUUACAAUAUUUUCAGUAUUUGAAUGACUACAUACCAGAACAGGAGUAUUUUCAUGACGUAAAUUAUAUGUUUAAAUGGUUUGCAGUGCUUCCAACACUGUUGAACGGAGAUGUGAAUGCUGAACAUCUACCCAGACAGGCGCGGGGUUCCUGAUACAUUCUGCCCUGCCUUAUGGUUUUCCUCGCGUGGAUCCUCAGAGUCGCCAUAUGUAUAAGUUAGAGGUAUCUGAGGACCAGGGCAGUCUAGUUUAGGAAGGUUGUUUUAAGUGAUGUAUUUUUUAAAUAACCCACUUCAUUUGUGUGGUCUUUUGGUGUCAGCACCCACGGGUAAGGUGUUAGUUACUUGCACACUAUUUGCUCUGUACAUUAUGGACUAUUGCGAUCUCUCCAAUCACUUAAAUAGCAAGAAAGUAGGUUGGAGUUAGGUACUUUUUACCAAGGACAUAAAGUUAAAUUCAGUGUUUGUUUUCAUUUUUGAGCUUGACUUUUAUAGGACGUUAAUCUCCAUUUGUACACAUAUUUUCUUAUUUAUAACACCAAAAAUGAGUCAGCACCCCUCCCAUGAGUAGUGAUUUAACUAAUAAGACUCACAAUAUCUAAAUGGAUAUGGUCAGAUACCUCUGAGCCAUUUUUACAUUCCCUCUGAUCAGAAUUUGGUACAACUUAAUUAAGAGCUUUUUCUGAAAUUAAUAGUUUUUAAUUCACAGAAAAAUACAUUCUCUGUAUUCCAUGCAACAGAGUAAUGGUGGAUUAGUAUAUUAAUGCCAUGGUAACAAUAAAAGAUGUAAGUUGUAGCUUAUGCAUGAGGGCAACUUUGGAUGUUUUAACACAUUUGACUUAUUUUUGCUUUAAUGAAUGCUGAGAAUGCUGCUAUAUUUAGGUUUCCAAUGGAAAGUUAUAAGAAUGGCUAUGAAAAUACAUAGAAGCUUCUAGACAACUGAAAGUGAUAAUUCAGAGUUGCCUUUUCUAGUUCAGCUAAAUGGCAGACCUCAACUAAAGGUAUUACUUUCUUUGGAUUCUUGGAGUUAUUGAGUUGACUUGCCAUUGUUACUAUUUUGCAAAUAACUUGAGAAGUAAAUGAUUUUUACCUAAAUAAGAAUCAUUUUUGCUCUCAAUUUAUACACAUCUGCUCUCAAUUUAUAAUAGAUAUUUCAUAUCUACAUAUGAUUAAAAAUUAUGAGAAUUAAAAAAUCAAAGUAAUUUGUAGAUUUUGUGACAAUAAUGAUGUAUGGAUGCCUGACAUACGCCUUAUUUUCAAAGGGUUCCAUCCUGUACUGAGUCAUUUUGUUACUGUUACUCAGAGAAGUCGUGGUCUUAUUCACAAAGAAAAAUAUUUUUAUAAACUGAUCGCAUUCUGUUUAAAUCAAAGUGUGAAACUAAAGAUAUAUUCAACGUGGCAUGCCAUGAGAAACAUAAGUCAGUACCCAAAUUUGUUGAUGUAAAUUCUUAUCAGCAUUAAUAACUAGAGACUGGCAGCGUCCUUCCACCUUAGUGGUCUUGGGUUCCCCAGCCUUGUAUCACAGGUAACCUCUCUGACAACUUCAUCUGAGUUUAUGAUCUAAUUACAUAUAAAAAUACUAUUUCCUAGAUGAGAAGAGUAUAUAAACAUGAACUUGAUGAAUACAAUGAGCAGCUGUACUUUUUAAUCAGUUAUAUUACUUCCAGAAGCACACCUCUAAGAAAUAUUUUCUAAGUCUUUUUUUAAAAUAGUGCAAAGAAAACUCAUUUCUCUAGAACAUCUUUAAAAUAUUUUAGUUGUUCCUAAUCACUUUUAUCCAUUGUGAAUAUAAAUGAGUUAGAUUAAGUGCCACAUCUUUGGAUAUAUUGGGGGCGAGGGGCAGCAAUGGUAUAUAAAAAUACCAAAUAUAAAAUUUUGAAUCUGGGGAAUAUUCAGGUUCUAAAGGCUAAAUUAGGUGACAACUUCUUUGUUACUGUACUGCAAAUUCUUUUGUUGUGAUUUUCUACAAGUAUUAAAUACAUUAGAAGAUAAUUUUUUUACCAAGGAAUAAUUUGAAAUAGCAUUAGUAUAUAUGACCCUUUGAGCAUCUGUCAUCCACAUAGAAUGACCUGUUGUGGGUUGCCACAGUCCUUUUGUGGUUCUUAUAAGAUACUUUGGUCCAUUAGCAUUUGUUUUUCAUCUUGAUGCACAGGGGAUUUACAUGUGAAGCUUCAGCUUCCCCAAGUCCUCACUAAACUAACCCUCAAUUCCCAUAGUUCAAGUUAGUCGUCAUUAGUCAUAAACUAGAGCUAACACAAGACUCUUACAGUAAAAAUAUAAGGCUUAUGGUGUGAAAUGUGAAUUUUAACAGUGUUCAAGAGGAGCAAAUAAGCAUUUGCUUCUGGAGCAUAAAUAAUUUUUUUAUCUGCAUUAAAAGAAAAUUUUCUUUGUGAAUAAGAGCAAAACUGUCUUUAGAAAAAAGAAACUUUAUUGAAACCUUUUCUGUGAACAUCUUUCCAAAUUAAAACUAUAAUAAUGAAUUGAGGAAAUAAAAACCGAAAAGCGAAAACUCUUGACUCCAGUUGUGUGGCGGGCGCGUGGGCAGAUGGGCGGUUCCCGGUGUGCAUUGCCUCUGAAAAAUUGGGCCUUAAUUUAUAUGUAAAUAACAGUGUUGUGUUCACAUCCCUCUUCUACCUGCUACGUUGUCUUUAUUAGUCCAUAUUGUAUAAAAUUUUGCUCGUGUUACUUUUAUAUUAUAUCCAUUUUUUUAAUUGCGUGUUUAUACUAUUUGCUGCAGUAUUUUUAAGUUUUGGGUGAAGGCCAUCAGCUGUAUGGAGAAGACAAAACAAUCACUAUUUAUUCAGUAUUGCUGCUUUACAUUUCCAGAAUAGCUUCCAUGCCGGGACAGUGGCUGCUUGAAAGCUGCAGGAGCUCUAUUCCAAUGCAUUUUAUAUAUUUUUAGAACCAAAUAAAUGCAGAUAACUAUUUAGUAUACUAAUUAUAUUAAACCAGCAGAAAUAUAAAGGCAAUAAAGUAUAUACAUAUAUAUAUAUAUGGGGGGAAGGGAAAGAUUAAAAAAUAGGUUUACAGCCAGACACGGUGAUAGCCCUAAAUGUAUUGCUCAACCUGUCUUUCUUUAUUGACCCAACAAGGAUUUGAGUUGCUGCAGCUUUAAACAGAAAAUUGCCACGUUCGCUACUUGUGGACACAUAAGUAUGCUUUUAGUACUGCUUUGCGUAUGUACAAAUAAAAUAUCUGUAGUCUGUAUUAUAUGUAAUUAUUCUUUUCUUUUGACUCUCACUUCAAAAUGUAUGUUUUCUGAUUAUUAUCAUGAGCUGUAAAACAAAAGAUCAAUAUCUGAUAUUCUCCCAAGUAAUAAAUUUUCAGGAUUCAUUGGGGCAUUA